AUGACUAAUGAUGAUUCACCUUCGAAUUUAAAUGAAGAUACAAAAACAAUCGAAAAAACGAUGCAACCAGUUCUUACAACACAAGCACAACAUAUAAGUACACCAAACGAGUCAGUACGUCGACAUGUUCGAAUUUUAACAGAAGAAGAAAGAAUUAGUACAGAUAAAUGGUUAUCUAUAUUGAAUCAAGUUUAUGAGGAUUUGAAUUAUUCACCAUCACAGCGUAUAGCCUAUGCGGUCAAAUUUUUAGAUGAAGAACAAAAAGCAUGGUAUGAACAAAAUAAAGAUGAAAUUAAGAAUGAUUGGACAUUAUUUCGUGAACGAUUAGAACACAAUUCAUCUAAUCAUAAAUUAAUUCGAACAACUGCUCCGUCGAUUAAUACUUCAAUAUUAAACAAUACUGGACGAGUUGUACUUGAAGACCUUAUCGAUGAAAAGUUUGACAAAUAUCCAGGUGUUGGUGAUGCAAGAAAUUGGUUAUUGCAAACCAUGAAUCAGUUUAAAGCAUGUGGUUUACGACGUGAUGAUCAAUUUGAAGCUAUACCUUUAUUAUUAGAAGGCGAUGCUUAUUUAUGGUAUGCUGACAACAGCGAUGCAAUUUUCAACUUCGAAACAUUUACCAAGUUAUUUCUUCAACAAUUCAAAUCAACAAUAUCAUCAUCAACAAGUUUUACAGGGGGUACGGGCACAUUAGUGACCACAGUACCUGAUCACUCAUCUAUAUCACAUUUACAACGAACCGUAGCGGAUGAAAUUAUUAAGAAACCAACAUAUUUUCGUGGUUCACAAGAUGAUGUACACGAUUGGUUAGAUAAGUUAGAACAACGUUUUACAAUGGCUAAUUGGAAUGAUGAACAAAAAUUACGAUAUAUUUCCAUACAUUUACAAGAUGAUGCAUAUAGGUGGUGGAUGCAAACAUCCACAUCAAUUAAAACAUGGUCAGCAUUUAUUACAGCUAUUACACAAGCUUUUGGAUCAACAAAGGUACAAGAAUUAGCAUUUGAACAAUUAAAAUGGUAUAAACAAACAGUUAAUCAAUCCAUCACACAAUAUUAUGAUAAAAUUAUUGAAUUAUGUAAAAAAGUCGAUCCUGUAAUGCCUGAUUCCUUGAAAUUGAAAUAUUUAAUGGCUGGAAUGAAAGAAUCAUUGAAAACGCAUGUAGCAUUACAAGAUCCCAAAACAACUGAAGCAUUUCUAUUAUCGGCAAGGAAGGUUGAAGAUGUAUUAUCACUCACCAAAACAAAUAAUGAAUUACCGGACAAUGAUAUUACCAUUAUUAAUGCAACUAGUUAUCAAAAUCAAUUACGUAAUCAAGCAACAUUCACACAAACAUCAAACAAUAAAUUUAAUCAAAAAACCACUGGCUAUGCAGAUGCAGCACAAACUCGUACAACUUCUAAUAAGAAUACAACAGCUGGAAAUAACGCAAAUCGACAAAAUAAAUUUUCAAAUUUUACAAGAUCAACACAGAAAUUAGGUGUUUGUUACAAUUGUGGGGAAGCAUCGGUCGAUGGUGUUGCUUCCGAAAAUUUACAUGUCAAUCCAUCGACAUUAAACACAUCCCUUUUAUAUCUUAAUGUUUCUGUAAAUGAUAAAUGUAUGAAGGUAAUGAUAGAUACAGGUGCAAAUAGAACUUUUAUCUCAAUUAAAUCAUUAGAUCCAUCAUCAGGUAAGAUGUUUGUUAAUAAAUUACAUAAGCGUGUAAUUUUAGCUGAUGGAUGUUCGUCUAUUUCUGUUUACGGUACAUUAAAUUUAUCUAUUAUUAUGGGUGAUACAUCAACUUCUAUUAAAGCAUUUGUUGUUAAAGAAUUAUGUGCUGAUUGUAUACUAGGAAUGGAUUUUAUCAACAAGUAUAAACUAAUUAUAAAUACGGAAGAAAAAAUUGUUUCACUGUAUAAUAAUUAUAAACGUACAACAUUAAAAUUUGAUAUUAAUUCAAAUGAAAAUAAAUAUCCAGCACGUCUAAUUAAUAAUAUUCGAAUUCCACCAAAACAGACAAGGUCUAUUCCUGUUUCUAUUGAACUAUUAUCAGCUAAUGUAAUAUUUCGUCCAUCGUUUAAAUUACGACAACGAACAUCUGUACUCACGUUAAAUUCUUCAUUAAAAGUUCAUGAUUAUACCUCGAAUGUUUCACUUUAUAAUCCAACAGAUUAUUCAUGUUCAUUACCGAAAGGUUUAAUACUGGGAACAACUACUAUUCCUACACUAUCUUUUAGUAAAUGUACAUCUAUUGAUCAUCAAUUAGUUAAUGAUAACAUCAAUAAAUUAAUUCGACAUAUUACAGAUUCAACACAAAGAGAAGAAAUCAAGACAAUCCUUCAUCAACAUGAAAAACUCUUCGAUACAAGUAAACCUGCAAUAGCUAUUAAUGUGAAACCGCAUGAAAUUAAAACACUUGAUCAUCCUCCACCAUCAUCUAGACCAUACUAUUCAACACCUCACAAAGAAGAAGAAAUGUACAAGAUCGUUCAAGAAUUAUUAUAUUAUGGUUUAAUUCGUAAAUCUUAUUCUCCAUUCGCAGCACCAGCAUUAUUAGUGGCUAAACAUGAUGGAUCAUGGCGAAUGGUAGUCGAUUACAAAAAAUUAAAUAAUAUGACAAUUAAAGACAAUCAUCCAUUACCUAAUAUGGAACAAACAAUACGACGAUUAGGUGGUGGUUACAAAUUCUUUUCAAAAUUAGAUAUGAAGAGUGGAUUUUGGCAAAUACCAAUUAAAGAAGGGGACAAACAUAAAACGGCAUUCAUUACAGCUGAUGGAUUAUAUGAAUGGAAUGUAUUAGCUCAAGGUUUGAAGAAUAGUCCACCAUCAUUUCAAAGAGUAAUGGCCGAUAUAUUAUCUCCUUGUCGACAAUUUUCAUUAGUUUACAUCGAUGAUAUUGUGGUAUUCUCUCGUUCAUUUGAAGAACAUCUUAAUCAUCUUCAACAAUUAUUAUGUAUUUUAUCCAAGUAUAAUUUUCAACUCAAUCCACCAAAAUGUAAAUUAUUCCAUCAGAAAAUUGAUUAUUUAUCUCAUAUUAUAUCUGAAGGAGGUUUUCAACCAAAUAACGAAAGAAUUCAAUCAAUUAUGAAAUUGAGGGAACCUUCUACGUUAGUAGAAGCGAAUAAGUUCCUGGGUGGUUUAUCAUGGUAUAGGAAAUUUAUUCCACGAUUUGCAUCCAUAGCUGCACCUAUUCACAAAGUAACAAAUUUAACAAAAAACAAUAGAAAAAAUUUUAGAUGGGAAAAGCCACAACAUGAAGCAUUUUUACAAUUGAAACAGUUCUUAAUAACUUCUCCAUUAUUUCUUGAUUAUCCAAAUGAUAAUUAUCCAGUUAUUAUGACAACUGAUGCAUCGAAAGUUGGUAUUGGAGGAACCUUACAACAGAACAUUAAUGGUGAAAUUAAGAAUCUUUAUUAUCAUUCACAACAAUAUGGAUGUUUCCAACGUAUGCGAUCUUAUUUAUUAGGAAGAUCAAUUAUCAUUUAUACUGAUCAUUGUCCAUUAUGUAACAUGAUGAAUUCAACAGUGAAGAACCGAAGAGUUGAUCGUAUAUCAAUAUUAUUACAAGAAUUUAAUAUCGAAAAAAUUAUCCAUAUUAAAGGUCAACACAAUUGUUUAGCUGAUUAUCUAUCCCGUCAUCCAAUUCCAAGAGAAGAAGAAAUAUUUGAUGAAGAUUAUGGUAUUGCUAAACGCGGUAAAGGGGAACAGACUGUUAUGGGUCGUGUUCCUGAUGAUACUACUCCACUAGCUGGAGCAGUUAUGACAAGAUCCAAAGUGAAACAACUGCAAUUAAAACAAGAUCAAAAUUCAACAUUACCAUCAAUAGAAGAAGAAACUGAUCAAACGAAAGAAGAUUCAUCAGAAAUUAAUGCAAAAAAUACACUGGAUAUAGAACGAUUAAAAAUUGAACAAGGAAAAGAUUCGAUUAUUCAACAAAAAAUUGCAGAAGUUAUGAAAAAUCCAGUAAAAAGUUCUUAUGAAUUCAAAGAUGGUUUAUUAUUUAAGCUAAUGAUUAUGCGUGAAGGUUGUAAUACAAAAACAAAAUUAAUUUAUUUACCUUCAUCUAUGAUUAAUGAUCUUUUACAAGUUUAUCAUAGUGACCCUCUUAGUGGUCACUUUGGAGUUCAAAGGACAUAUUUGAAAAUUAAAAAUAAGUAUUGGUGGCCAAACAUGAAACAAUCCAUCACUCAAUACAUACAAUCAUGUUUACCGUGCCAGCAAUAUAAUAUUAGUAGAUCGAAGAAACCUGGUCGUUUACAACCAAUUCCACCACCUGAAGGACCAUUCCAAUUAAUUGGUAUGGAUUAUUGUGGUCCAUUUAAACAAACUCCACGUGGUAAUAAAUAUGUAUUAUGUCUUACGGAUUACUUCACAAGAUGGGUGGUUGCUGCUGCUGUACCUGAUUGCUCAGCUCAGACUACUGCUGAAGCAUUAUUUAAUGAAUUCAUUUGCAAGUAUGGGGUACUGGCAGUCAUAUUAUCCGAUCAAGGAACGCACUUCCACAAUCAAUUAA